GGACAUAUGAACAGCCGCCAUAUAAAACCCCAAGGGCCGGCCGCCCAUAAACUCAUUAUCACUCAUUAUACGAGUUAUCAGUAGCUAAAUACGGAGUAAUUUCGAUUCCGAGCAAGCAUUAUACUUGGUAUAGCCAUCAUGCAUGGCUCUUUAAUUUCGAAUUGAAAGACCUAUACUAUACGUACAUCGAUCAAUCACAUUGUCCGGCGGGCGGGUAGCCAUCAUGGCUCACUCGUCAAACCAGGACGGCGACCGAUUCACCUGUGGAAUUUGUUACGACGAGAAGAGCAGAAGCCGGCAGCAGCUAAAACUCCAGGGCUGCACCCAUUCCUACUGCUCCGAUUGCGUGUGCAUGUACGUCGAUGCGAAGCUGCAGGACAACAUCUCGCACAUCCGGUGCCCUGUUCCUGGAUGCCAGGGCUGCCUCGACCCUCUCCAGUGCCGCCCGCUUCUGCCCAAGGCGGUGUUCGAUCGGUGGGGAGAUGCGCUGUGCGAGGCGGUGAUCGAGGCGUCAGACAAGUUCUACUGCCCGUUCAGGGAUUGCUCGGCCCUCUUGGAGGAUGACGAGAAGGCGGAGAUCCAAGAGUCGGAGUGUCCGGAGUGCAGGAGGCUGUUCUGCGCCAGGUGUAGGGUUCCAUGGCAUUCUGACAUAUCUUGCCAGGACUUCCAGAGCUUGAACGACACUGAGAGGCAAGGGGAAGAUCUAGAGUUGAUGAAGUUUGCGCGGGGGAAGGACUGGAAGAGGUGCCCUAGUUGCAGGAUCUUUGUUGACAGAAUUUCCGGAUGUGAUUUCUUGUCUUGCAGGUGUGGAUGUGCCUUCUGCUACAAGUGUGGAGCUCCAGCUGCAAAUCACAUAUGCCCUAAUUGCGGUCAAAUCACAUUGAACUGAUGAUGCACUCUUCCAUUGUAAAUUUUAAUUUGCAUUUGUCCCCUUUUAGUUGAGUGUGGUGUAUUGGUUUUAGUAACCAUGGUUGAAAUGUUACUCAAGUAGAGUAUUAAACAUCAUGCGGAGUAACUUUUAUAUGAACUCCAGGUUCCACACACGUAAAAUGCUGCCCUUUC